AUGGGUGACAGAAGAUUCAUUGACUUCCAAUUCCAAGAUUUAAAUUCAAGCCUCAGACCCAGGUUGGGCAAUGCUACUGCCAAUAAUACUUGCAUUGUUGAUGAUUCCUUCAAGUAUAAUCUGAAUGGUGCUGUCUACAGUGUUGUAUUCAUCCUGGGUCUGAUAACCAACAGUGCCUCUCUGUUUGUCUUCUGCUUCCGCAUGAAAAUGAGAAGUGAGACGGCUGUUUUCAUCACCAAUCUGGCCCUCUCUGAUUUGCUCUUUGUCUGCACUCUACCUUUCAAAAUAUUUUACAAUUUCAACCGCCACUGGCCUUUUGGUGACACCCUCUGCAAGAUCUCUGGGACUGCAUUUCUAACCAACAUCUAUGGGAGCAUGCUCUUCCUUACCUGUAUUAGCGUGGAUCGUUUCCUGGCCAUUGUCUAUCCCUUCCGAUCUCGUACCAUUAGGACCAGGAGGAAUUCUGCCAUUGUGUGUGCUGGAGUCUGGAUCCUAGUCCUCAGUGGUGGUAUUUCAGCCUCUUUAUUCUCCACCACUAAUGUCAACAAUGCAACCACCACCUGCUUUGAGGGCUUCUCCAAACGUGUAUGGAAGACUUAUCUGUCCAAGAUAACCAUAUUUAUUGAAGUUGUUGGUUUUAUCAUUCCUUUGAUACUGAAUGUCUCUUGCUCUUCUGUGGUGCUAAAAACCCUCCGUAAGCCUGCUACACUGUCUCAAAUUGGGACCAAUAAGAAAAAAGUGCUGAAGAUGAUCACAGUGCAUAUGGCAGUCUUUGUGGUAUGCUUCGUACCCUAUAACUCCGUCCUCUUCCUGUAUGCCCUAGUGCGCUCCCAAGCCAUUACCAAUUGCUUGUUGGAAAGAUUUGCAAAGAUUAUGUACCCAAUCACCUUGUGCCUUGCAACUCUGAACUGUUGCUUUGACCCUUUCAUCUAUUACUUCACCCUUGAGUCCUUUCAGAAGUCCUUCUACAUCAAUACCCAUAUCAGGAUGGAGUCUCUGUUUAAGACUGAAACACCUCUGACCACAAAGCCUUCCCUUCCAGCUAUUCAAGAGGAAGUUAGUGAUCAAACAACACAUAAUGGUGGUGAAUUAAUGCUAGAAUCCACCUUCUAG